AUAAAUUCAAUAUAGUACACACAAAUCAUUAUAUAUUUUCAUACUUGAAUGAAUUUAAAGUAUUGCCCCCUGUUAUAUAUUGCCCUUUAGAUAACAAAUUUACAACUCAAUGUAAGAUUAAAUUUUAAUUUUCAACUCAAGUCGUGGACCCUUGAACAUUGCAUUGCAUGUUAAUUUUCAAUUCGAGGGGUUAAUAGUAAUCAAUCAUUUGAAAUUGGAUUUUUUUUCUAUUUACAUCUAGUUUCAUUAUCUCAUCGGUCAUUGUACGGAAUAAGGAGACAUGCGCGUCAGAAGUCGUUUGGUCAGUGGUAUUGAAUUGACCAGCAUAGCCAUAUAAAAUUUGUAUACAUAUUGGUUAUGGGUGUGUGUGUGUGUGGGUGUGCAUGUAGCUCAUAUUGAGCCAAUUGUGUGAGACAUUGUCCAGUGAUUCGUUGACCGUACGAUAGCCCAUCCUGGAUAUUGGGAGUGCUUCCAGUACUCCGUAGGUAGUGAGACCAUCUACAAGAAGAUCAAGCUUUUUUUUUUUACUACAUCUAAAUUUCCUCCAUUUUUCUUCUCCUUCAAAAUUUGAAUUUGGUGUUUAACGCGAUAUCGAUUAGCACUAUCAAUUGCCAAUACCCCGCAAAUUGCCAAAAAGGACAAUUUGUUGUGAAUAAUUCUGCGAUGUCGAAAUUAAUCAUCAUUGUGCGGAUUGAAUAAUUUGCAAGACCUCUCUUUCUCUCUCUCUCGAAAAUAGUCCUUGUACAUAGAUAUUACGCCUACAUAUGUAUCGAUUUUUUUCCCAUUACAUGAAUUUAUUUUCAUUUUCUCUUUUCCCAAGAAACUGAUAAAAAAUAAUCAUUUGGAGCAUAUUUACCACGUGUAAGAAAAUCGAUCAUGUAUUGAUUAGUCACAGUGGGAAGAAGAAAAAUUCACGAUGCCGGCGGGAAUAUCUACCCUAGGACCGUUUCACUGCGUUUCCAAGGGCGAACCCGCGCCAGCAUUUACCAUCAUUCACCGGGACAAUCAUCAGACCACAUUGCCAAUUCUCCACAUUAAUCAGAUGAAUGACGAUUACCCGGAAGUCAACGGCAAUCGUCCAAGGAAUAGCGAGAGAAAUGGUUUAUCAUUAGAAAAACGCAUCAGCAGGUCCAGUGAUCACAUCGCCCUGGCGUCUUUGCAGAACAAACAGGUGAAUCCAUUGAAAAGGCGAGAACAUAGCAAGAGUCACGAUAAUCUUGGCUUUAGUAUGAAAACUAAAAUUGACGAGGCCUUCAAAUCAACUAUGAGUUUGUCUACCGAGAAUUUUAACGAUAUUUUGAACGCAAAAUUGCAAAAAUUUCAAAAUGAAGAGCACCAAGAAUCGAAUAAAAAAGGAAUAAGGAAUAAACACCAAUUGGGAACUCUGAAAAAGCCAUUCAUUACAACUGUGAAGAGCGGAGAAUUUCUUAUGCCACCACCUGAAGUAGCAGCUCUCCUUGGUAUUUCACCAAAUGGUUCGUGGCCUGCCAAUGAGAUUGUUGAGCACGGAUCCGAUAACUUACCGCCGCGCUCUAGGUUCCGGCCGUCAGUGUCUUUAGGGCAUCGACCACAAGUGCGUCACACCAAACACAACGCUAGAUGUCAAGCUGCUUUGAAAGCGACUGUUGAUUUUACAGUUAAUCUAGUCAAUUCCACAACCCAGGCUAAUGAGGAACGGGUUAAGCGUCUCUGUAACACUAGACUCGCAACUGUUAAUAAUAGUGAUAAUGAUCAUCACCAACUUCCUUUCGGUAAUAUCAUGUUUGAUCGACGGGUCGUACGUGGCUGUGCCUUGGCGGCGUCCAUGCUUGAAGGCGAACAGUUACCUUGUAAAAAAAAACUAAUGUCCAAAAAACGAACCCAGCAGCACGCUUCCAGAUCGAUGAUGCUGCGAAUUAGAUCACCACCACCUAUUCCUGGCCGGAAGCAUGAACCUGUUCAAACGGAAGUGUAUCUCGAAGAGCUGUCUGAUAAGCCGGACGAAUCGGAGAUUGGUACGCAGACAGAUUAUAUUCUGGAGAGACCAGCAACCCCUUCAUAUGUCCCUGGAAAAACUGGAUUAGAUGCCGAGACCCAGAUCUCGCCGGGCGAUCUUUUUGACUACGAUAGCGAAGUGCAACCGAUUCUCGAAAUUCUAGUUGGUAAAACAAUAGAACAGGCAUUGAUUGAAGUUCUUGAGGAAGAGGAGCAAACAGCCCUUCGAGAACAGCAGAGGAGAUUCCAGGAGCUGAGAGUGGCCGAGAAAGUGGAACAGCAGAGGUUGGAAGAAGAAGAGCGCAGACUGCGAGAGGAGAAAAAUCGAAGAUUAAAACAACACAAGAAAGCCGUGAACGAUCAACAAGAAACUGAAGAAAGAGUAGCUGCAGCUGUUUUAUUAACGGGAUACAUUGCAGAAUUGCUUCCAGGAGUUUUAGAGGAUUUGAAAAUGUCUGGAUUUUUGUUGGACGAAAUAAGGAGUGACGUAGAGGAGGGCUUCGUGCCGUGGCUGAUGAGUGAAGUCAAGAAGGAAAUGGGCACUGUGAUGGAAAGCCGUGAAAUAUUGGCCGAGAUCAUCAGGGAAAUUCUUGAGACUCGAGCCACUAUCUACCAGAAGCUUGGUGAAGGGUAUGAAUCAUCGAGAAAAUUAACAGCAGCGCGUUAUGAUUCUCAUAGUGAGAUAGAAGAAAGUGUUGGCUAUAAAAACGUUGAUUUUGAGCAUUAUCAGUCGCCAACAAUUUAACGCUAUUUAAUGGGUUGUUCAUUAAUUCCUUUAGAACCAACUAUUCUGAACUUCCAUGGGUACCUAUUCCUCUGCUGGCCAGAAGCCUACUCCUAUACCAGUAUACACAGCUGCCGCAAUAUAAAUCCAUUUCUGUCUUCACCCUCCAUGUCUCCCGACGCCACCUUCCAUAUUCCCCUCUCGCAUUACCAACACCGGGAUAAUUCCACAAGGGUUUCUCCGUCUGCAGCGUAAAUACUCUAGGCAUGGGACUUGUAAUAUCACUCACUAUCACAAAUCCAUCAUCAUUUUCUCCUUGCAAUUCUGUAUUUUCAUAAAACAAAAAAUGUUACAAUCCCAUUGCAAAUGUAAAAUGUAGAACAUUUCAACACAAAAAUAUCUAAUAUUUUCCUUCAUUAGUAAAGAGAAUUGCAAUUUGUUUUAGUUGAAAAAUCUAAAUGCAAAUAUUUAAGAAAAUCUAAUCGCUAAAUUGAUUUUUGUUUUUUUCUCUUUUUUCAAUUAUGGUCAGUUAUAAGAGACUAAAUAAAGACAUGACCAAAAAUAUUGUACGUUGUAAGCUUUUUGGUCGGAUUGAUUUCAUAAAAGUGCCCCGCUCGACACCAACAAGGUAGGGGAAAUUUUAUAAGAAAAAAAAAAAAAAAAAAAUUAAAUAAAAUAAAAUUUGGGGUAAUUUUAGAGGAAAUAAAAAUAUUGAUACACCUGACAAUAAUGGGGGGUUUAUUUCUGCUGCUUUAAAAGAAGUCUAGACAAAAUGACACCGGAUAAUAGAUAAAAUGAAUAUACCUGCGUUAGAAGAAGGGACGUGGCACAAUACACUUUUGAAGAUUAUACCAACGAUCGGGUUGGUAUGCACAUUUUAGUUACAGCUUACAACCAGAGUUCAUACGUAAGGCCCUCAUUGAGUUUUACUGCUAGGAUAAGGGAUAGACAGAUUUCCUAGAUUCGGCGUCACGAUGUCGCAUUAACAGAGUCUCAUUAGCAAAGGUUUCGAGGAGGCUCUUAGCCUCCCGCCAUGAUCUUAAUGCACUGGUGAUCAAUCUUUUUCGACAUUAGCGUUGUAAUAACCAAACUGUUAAGUCUCAUGAAAAAACUGAUGGCGCCGCUGACGCAUUGAAAAUUAAGUCAUAAGAACAUUCCAAAUUUUGCUAUGUAAUAGUAUAUUUCCAGACAAGUGCGACGGGGUGGUAACGAGUGUGAAGUAGGUGGCCAAUCAUACGAGUUAAAAGACCCUGUCGCACCUGUAUCCAAACUAUACGUGUUGUUAGUGAUGUUACGUUCAGGGAGUGGCGAACUGUGUCAUUUUUCCUUUACAAGUAAACGAAAAGGCACUUUUCAACACGUGCUGAACGUAGCAGCAGUGAUAAAAAUAAUAAUUAAAUGGAUAAUCGCAUUUUCAGGGCUUUCUAUCCUUAUUAUCUUUUAAAUAUUUUUUUUUCUUUGAAAAUACAGCCGCCAAAAAUUGUGAAACUUCAUCAAGUUUUUGUAAAGAAAAUCACAAAAAAAAAGUUGAAACAACUUCACACACCAUCUAAUGAACUCAUAGUUUUGAAAUGGGGCUUAUUAAAUGGAAUGGAUGAUUUUCAACUAAAAUUAAUCCAUUUGAGAUGAAAGUGUCGUUUUAUUUGAAAUUAUUACUAGGAAUAACAUAUGUAUAAACUACAAACCAACCUAACGCGUUGAGUAUUAGAUAAAUCAUAUAAUAGGAUGAGGUUUUACAGUAAAUUGAAGUUGGCGAGGCACUUUUAAAAAGCCACCUACCCUACAUCUAAUUCUUUCCCCUCUUCCACCUUACACAAGGGCAUAUUGUAUUGGAUUAAAUUAAGCAGUCGUGAACCCCAAUUUUGUGUAUACGCAAAACUUGUACGCUCAGUGAAUCGUGCUUUAUAUAGGGCACCCCUUAUUUCCCUUUGAACAAAAAUAACUCGGGGGAAUCGUUCUCUUCAACCCAUAUUGAGGUAUUAGGGUUUUUUCUAUUAAUUUGUUAUGGGACCCGUAUCACCUGGGUUACACAUUAUUCUCCAUUUUUAAAUGGCAAAUACUUGUUUUUUACACUUCACCGGUUAUUGAUUUAAAUACAAAAUUGUAUGGAAAGUUUUAUAGUGCAAACUAGUCCCAUAGAUUUUCCACAUUUGUAAGGAAUAUGAAAAAAAUAUAUUUGACAUAUUGAUUUUGAAUGUAAAAAGUACAUGAAACUGGCCAAAAUUAUAUUAAUGUUUAAGGAUAAACAAAUCUAAACGUAUCUACUCAUUAAAUAUGGGCUUGAAAAAAAAUUUCCCAAUGCAGUUCAGUUGGGAGGUUUGAUAACUAAAAAUAUUUAAAUCUACAGUAUAGCUCAUGGAAUAGAGAAAGCUACUUUACAAUAUGAGCAAUUGCGAUCAGUACACUUGGUAUUUAAGGGGUAAAUAUUGCUGCUAUUAUUGAUAUGGUAUAUUUAUUAAUGGGCUUGUAGGGGCCACUUACCACGUGUCAUAUUACAAACUCUUCAAACAUAUGUACAAUGCACUUUAUGUCACGUGACUAUUGUUAUUUGAUAUGCACUGUUUUACUAAGUGUAAUAGAAUAGAAAAGUAGUCGAAAUCAUGGAACUCGUUGUUUGCUCACUGAUUCCACAAUCGAUAGAAAAUUAUUGAUUGCUUGAUUUAGGCAAAGAAUAUGCACCCUUUUGGAAAAAUUCCAUGACGUUUUGAUUUAUCAUAUUUUUAUAUAUCAUAAUAAUAAUGUUACUAUUACUUUUCGUGAAGACAAGACUUUGGGUAAAAGUUUUUGAAGUAUAAAUUUAUAAUGUAUGACUAUAGUGAAUGCUGAAUCACAUAUAAUAGGCUACUCCUAGCAGACCAAUACUUUUGACACUUGCCCAACCGAAUCGAAUUUUCUUUAUAGUCGAUACAAUGUCCUUCCACAAAAUACCAUUAUUAGUCAGUAUACGCCUUCUUUCAUAUAGGUAGAGGGUAAAUUGAACAAUGAGAUUCGUCCUGGUAUCGUCGGCGUAGGAGUCAUCACAUUGCAAGCAUAUGCUCCAUUAUAUUGUUAUUAAUAUUUCUUCCUUAUAUAUAUAUAUAUAUAUUGUUGGAUUUUUCAUAAAAUAAAUAAAGAAUAAAAGUCAAUCUUAUUCUCUUC